AGAGAUAAUUAUUAUUGAUGAGAAGCAAGGUAUUUAUACAGAGUACAAGACAUGAAUACUAAGAGACAGUCAAGAAGAGAAGAAGACGAGGAGAUAGUCAAAGCAACAGACAACAAGAAGGAGAGAAUCAAUACAAAUAAUAAUUCAGUCAAUAAUCGCCAACAAUGUCCACUCAAUUAGGAAAACUCAGCUUCUUCUUCUUCAUCAUCGCCUUCCUCGUCUUGCUUUUUGUGGGAGCUUCAAAGGCUCGCUAUCUUCACCCACUCAUCACUGCUGAUCAAAUCCAAAUAAAUCAUAACCAAAUUGAAGAAUAUGUCGACCCAACCGACGAGAAUACCAAAUCAGCAGCAUAUUAUGUUGACCUAAUCAAUGAGAAUGCCAAAUCUGCAUACCAUGCUUACUUGCAUACUAAGCGUCUAAACAUAUUCGGAAUCGAAUGGCUAUGGAGGAUUGAUGUCCUUUUCCUUCUUCUUUGUUUAUCUUUGUUCGUUACCGAUUUAUCUUUUAGGGUUUUCUUUUGCAUCGCAGGCAGAUGUUCUGCUAAGUUUUCAAAAUCUAUAUGAUCGUUUGUUAUUGUUUUUUUUGGAUUAUUCAUUCAACGUUGUUCCAAGUUUUUUUACUUAUGAUUCUUGCUACAUUAUUUCUUUGAAACUAUCGUACUCAUGUCCAAGUAAUACGAUUGUAUAUCCCAACUUUGUGUAUUCUUGAGAUCUGUAUUCAUUGCUUAACAAAGCAAAAAAAUAAACCCUAUUCUACAACAACUCUUCUUUGAGAUGAGAUG